CGCCAUCAGCUCCGGCAUCAGCUCCGGCAUCAGCUCCGGCAUCAGCUCCGGCAUCAGCUGUGAAGGAGCAAAGCCAGCGAAGUCCCGCUGAUGAGGCGCUUGGUCGUGCACUUCGUCGCUCGGUCUACUCGCGCGCUGCCAGCAUGCAGAAGGCCAUCAGUUUGGGAAGCGAGCAUUACGCAUCUGUGCGCUGGUUUGUGAGGGAUCUCUUCAAAAGAGCUGCCGUUCGCUCUGCAGAGAUGUUGGCACAGUCCGUGGAAGAAAAACGCCAAGCUGCGUGUGAGGACAUAGCUUCGAUCCGGGCCUCCAAAAAGCGCAUUGAGGAGGCUGAGAGGAAAGCAGAGCAGCAGCUCAAUGCUUCGACCAUCAAACUACAGGCAUGUGCUCGAGGAAAGAUGGCGCGUCAGCAGCGACAGCAGUUGGAGGACAGUACCAGGAUCCUUCAGCGUGGCUUUCGUCGCUUGCGCCAGCGCUGGCAGUUGGGUCGCAAAAUGGACUUUGCUGCGGUGGUGCGGGCCGUGAACGGCCAACGCAAGGAUUGGGCCAUGGAGUAUCACCUGGCAUGUGGAUCGCGGGAUGCCCUCGGAUGUGAGGAGUUCGUUGCGGCUCUGCAGAGGGUGGACGUGAAAAUCUCCAAGACGAAGGUGGAGAAGCUGUGGCGAGGCUUUGUCCAACAAAGUGAAGAUCCCGCGAUGCGUUUGCCGACCUUUUGGGCCAUUUGCGAGGCAGUGGCUCAAGGAGACGCACGAGCCGCAGAGUUUGCCGACAUGUCGCUGGAGGAGUAUUUGGACGGCGAGGAUGAUGGUCAGCACUACUCAGAGGAAGAGGUCCAGGCUGCGCAGCGGAUCCAGGCGGCCCAGCGCGGAUGCCAGGCCCGACAGGUCUACGCGACGCAGGCGAGACGCGCAAGUGAGAAGGCAGCCGCUGAGAAAAUUCAGGCUGCUUUGCAUGGUCGCAUGGUGCGUGAACAGCAGGCUGCCGCAGCGAGGAUCCAAGCGUGCUACCAGGGUCGGAUGGUUCGAGAGGCGGCGAGGAUGCCAUGCCACAAUCAGCUCUACGAGGUGACCCAGGUGCCUCCUACCGCAGAGUCGGACUUGGCAUCGCAAGAGGCAGCAGCAGAAAAGAUUCAAGCGAUUUAUCGUGGUCGCAUGGUGCGAGAACAGCAGGCCAGACCCAGAGCUGCGCAGGAGCUUUCAAAGUCUGCGUCGAGCAACUCUGCAGCGGAUUUUAUUCAAGAGGUGACCCAGGUGCCUACCGCAGAGUCGGACUUGGCAUCGCAAGAGGCAGCAGCAGAAAAGAUUCAAGCGAUUUAUCGUGGACGCAUGGUGCGAGAACAGCAGGCCAGACCCAGAGCUGCGCAGGAGCUUUCAAAGUCUGCGUCGAGCAACUCUGCAGCGGAAAUUUUCCAAGAGGCGCUAGUGCAGCAAGCACAGCAGGGCGGCCAACGCCAAAGCUUGCUGCUGCCUGCCUUUUCCCAAGCCAUUUUGAAGGUGGCGCCAGCGACCUCCAUGUUGCAGGCAAAGGCGCUCUUCGAUGGCACAUGCGAGGGUACUGGACAAGAUGGGAUCAGCCUGAAGCUCUUUUGCGACAUUCUUCAGGCCGUUGAGCUCGGGGUGGAUGCUGCAUCGCACUUCGCAGAUCUGCACGUCGAGGACUAUGAGGCCCUGGCGAACUGAUUCGUGAUUCUCUGCAGCUCUGAUGAUAAAUGCCUUAGCAAUAUGUAUUACCCUCUGGUUAUUUAGC